CCGUUUCCAAUCCCUUUCAUUUACUCUAUUAUCUAUGGGCUAAGUCAUUUAUGGCUAGACCACGCCUUGAUCUAUGUAGUAACCUCAUACAGUCGCGGCAAGUCUCCAUGUCAGAGCAAAGUAUUUAUAAAGGGAGGGCUAGACACUCAACUCCAGCAGUAGGAGGAUCACUCUACCUCUGGGCAGGUGCUCAGCUUGAUUUACCUGAAAUACUUGCUCGAUUACAUGAUUCACGUUCAAGAAGAAAAUUGGUCUCAGCAGUCGAGAAAUUUACUCUUUCAACAGGUCGCUGGACCUCUCACCUAACAAGAGGCACUCCUCCUUUAGGAAUUGUGGGCUACGUCUGUGCCACCUUUCGUUCUAAUAUUUAUUAUUAUGCUGGCUGGUGUGGUCAUGAUCGUUGUUUCCACAACAGUUUAAAUGUACUAAAUACACUGACCAUGAGCUGGAAUCAAUUGCAUCCUAAUGAUGAGUCCAUGAUGAAGAAAGGCUAUGGUGGAAUGCUAUCACUGGAAAUUGAUGGAACUGACUAUCUUUUUAUGGUUGGAGGAUCAGGUCCUAAACCAUCUGUCAAACGGCCUCAGUUUCAAUAUGAUCGGCUUGAUGAUGGUAUGGCUCGUACUAAUGAACAGUUACUUUAUAAUCUAUCUAAUGGAAAAUUUACUGUUCCAUCUGUCAGUGGACAGUGUUGUCCUCCAACUAGUUAUUUUACAAUCAACAAAAUAACUGGAAAUAAAGGAAUAAUGUUUGGAGGAGCAGUUACUUAUGAUGGCCUUGGUAUAACUACUAAUAAUGUGCACAUAUUCAAUGUGACACAUAACACAAUACAUUGGGAGAGUAUUAAAAAAGGAUCAAUAUCUGUUAAAGGACUUUGGCCUAAGAAGAGAUGCAAUCAUGCUAGUGCUGUUAUCAGUGGUGUCUCUACCUCACCUGCACUAGUAGUGAUUGGUGGAAGUGGUAGAACACGUCACCUAAUGAGUGAUUGUUUGUUAUUUGAUAAUAUCACUACUGAUGAGUUCAGUUGUAAGAAGAUUCCUCUACCAGAAUCUGUUACUGGUAGAUACGAUCACUCACUCACAGCGGUCACAAUGUCACCAAACUGUGUGUGGCUAGUAAUUGUUGGAGGGUUUGAUGAAUUUAAAUGGAACAUUUUUGGAGGAGAGAAUACACAUAUUAAUGAUACUAAUAGACUAACAAUGAUAGUUGAAUUUGUAUAUGAAGCUGGUGAGUGGAUAGUACAGUCAGUACUGGAUGGUCAUGAUCUCACUAGUAAGAAAUAUCAAGAAAAGUAUGAAUUGUACAGCAAGACCAGAACAUGGUGGAUGGAUCAGGUAGUAGAAUAUCCCACAGAGAAGGAAGCUGAGCUACAGAGAUACAUCCAGUUAUUGCAUCAAAAGCUGGCUGAAACCAAUAAACAAGCUAAAGUUGAUGAUAAUAAUAAACUGGAAGAGGUGUUAAAAGCACAGGUACAGAUACACAAAGAGAAACAGAUUCUUACUGAAGAUAUUGAAAAACUUAGAGCUACAGUUGCUUAUAAUGAAGUAUAUAUAACUGAAAUAGAAGAAGAGAAGAAACAAUUUGAGGAAGAGAAGAGAAAAUUAGAAGAACUGUAUCUCAAGGAGAAACAAAUCACUAAAGAAUUAAAAACGAAAGUUGUUGUUAAUGAAGUACAUAUAACUGACAUGGAGGAAGAGAAGGAAAAAAGGGAGGAGCAAUAUCGUAAUGAGAAACAGAUCACUGAAGGAGAAUUCACAGUUCCAUCUGUCAGUGGACAGUGUUGUCCUCCAACUAGUAAAUUUACAAUCAACAAAAUAAAUGGAAAUAAAGGAAUAAUGUUUGGAGGAGCUGUUAAUGAUGAUUGUCUUGAUGUAGCCACUAAUAAUGUGUACAUAUUCAGUGUCACACAUAAUAUAAUAGUAAGUUAUUAUUAG